GCGCUCCGCGAGCGUGACCUGCGCGAAGCGGCCUCGGCGGAGUCGCUGCGGCGCCAGCGGGAGGAGUCGGGCGCCGCGCUGCGGGAGGCGCAGGCGCAGGUUGCCAGCCUCGUCUGCGAGGUGCAGGAGCUCGAGGCGCACAACGCGCAGCUGCAGGCCGCGCUGGCGGCUCCGGGCGGCGCGGCGAGCUGCUGA